GAUAUGUUCAGACAAGAAUUUUAAACGCGAGAUAAUGGACUAAAAAUGAAAUAUGUCGUCAAUUUAUACGUAAACAAAAAUUAAAAGAUAAAAUCAAGUGGAAAUUCUUGCAAAUAAUCCGCCAACAAGCAAUCAACUAAAAAAUACUGGAGAACGGAAGCAAAACUAUAACAUUCAGGUUAAACGUAGUUUCUUUUGUUGCGGAAAAAAUCAUCGCCUUUUCUUCGUUCGGCCCGCUGGGAAGAUUUGUGCAAAAUGCAAAGUCAGCAAUCGCCAAAUCCUACACAAACACAGACACUGCAAAAUCAAGGCAAUAAUGCAGUGGGCAAGAUCAAUGACACUCCAAAUUUAUCAACUGUGGGCCUUUUGGAACUAGCACACCGUGAGUACCAGGCUGUCGAUUAUGAGAAUGCCGAAAAACAUUGCAUGCAACUUUGGCGACAAGAUAGCACCAAUACCGGAGUGCUAUUACUACUCUCUUCCAUACAUUUUCAAUGUCGACGCCUGGAAAAAUCAGCACAAUUUUCAACGCUAGCCAUAAAGCAAAAUCCUUUAUUGGCUGAAGCUUAUAGUAAUUUGGGCAAUGUUUUCAAAGAACGUGGACAAUUGCAAGAAGCUUUAGAGAACUAUCGACGUGCUGUACGCUUGAAGCCGGACUUUAUUGAUGGCUACAUUAAUUUGGCAGCCGCCUUGGUGGCAGCACGUGAGAUGGAAGCUGCUGUGCAAGCCUAUAUAACAGCAUUACAGUACAAUCCAGAUUUGUACUGUGUUCGUAGCGAUUUGGGAAAUCUACUAAAAGCUUUGGGACGUCUUGAAGAAGCCAAGGCAUGUUAUCUAAAAGCCAUUGAAACAUGUCCCAGCUUUGCUGUAGCUUGGAGUAACUUGGGCUGUGUUUUCAAUGCUCAAGGUGAAAUCUGGUUGGCUAUACAUCACUUUGAGAAAGCAGUUACUUUGGAUCCAAAUUUCUUAGACGCUUACAUAAAUUUGGGUAAUGUUUUAAAAGAAGCCAGAAUUUUCGACAGAGCGGUUGCUGCCUAUUUGAGAGCUUUGAACCUAUCACCAAAUAAUGCAGUGGUCCAUGGCAACUUGGCUUGUGUUUACUACGAACAAGGACUUAUCGAUUUGGCUAUUGACACCUAUAGGAGAGCAAUUGAAUUGCAGCCCAAUUUCCCAGAUGCUUAUUGUAAUUUAGCAAAUGCCCUCAAAGAGAAAGGCCAGGUUAAAGAAGCCGAAGAAUGUUAUAACACCGCUUUACGCUUGUGUCCCAAUCAUGCUGAUUCUCUCAACAAUUUGGCCAAUAUUAAACGCGAACAAGGAUUCAUUGAAGAAGCUACACGUCUCUACUUAAAGGCAUUGGAAGUUUUCCCCGAUUUUGCUGCUGCACACUCGAAUUUGGCUUCAGUCUUACAACAACAGGGCAAGUUAAAGGAGGCCUUGAUGCAUUACAAAGAAGCAAUACGGAUCAAUCCAACUUUUGCCGAUGCUUACUCCAAUAUGGGUAACACACUUAAGGAGCUGCAAGAUGUCAACGGCGCACUGCAGUGUUACUCGCGGGCUAUACAAAUCAAUCCCGCUUUUGCUGAUGCUCACAGUAAUUUGGCAAGCAUUCACAAAGAUUCUGGCAACAUACCCGAGGCCAUACAAUCGUAUCGCACAGCUUUGAAAUUGAAGCCAGACUUCCCCGAUGCCUAUUGCAAUUUGGCCCAUUGCCUGCAGAUCGUUUGCGAUUGGACCGAUUACGAGGCUCGCAUGAAAAAGCUCGUUAGCAUUGUUGCCGAACAACUGGAAAAGAAUCGUUUGCCUUCGGUACAUCCACAUCACUCAAUGCUGUAUCCCUUGUCGCAUGAUUUCCGCAAAGCUAUAGCGGCUCGUCAUGCCAACUUGUGCAUUGAAAAGAUAUUGGUUUUGCAUAAGCCCCCCUACAAAUUCACAAGGGAGAUUCCGAAUGGCGAACGGAUACGCAUUGGCUAUGUGAGUUCAGAUUUUGGCAAUCAUCCCACCUCCCAUCUGAUGCAAUCCAUACCCGGCCUGCAUGAUCGUGCCCAAGUGGAAAUCUUCUGUUAUUCUCUGAGUCCGGAUGAUGGUACAACGUUCCGCUACAAGAUCUCACAAGAGGCUGAACACUUUGUUGAUUUGUCGACGAUUCCUUGUAACGGCAAGGCAGCCGAUCGCAUCUAUAAUGAUGGCAUUCACAUAUUGGUCAACAUGAAUGGCUACACAAAGGGAGCACGAAAUGAAAUAUUUGCUUUACGGCCGGCACCCAUACAAGUCAUGUGGUUGGGUUAUCCCGGCACAAGUGGGGCUUCGUUUAUGGAUUACAUCAUCACGGACAAAGUGACGAGUCCCAUGGAGCUGGCGCAUCAGUACAGUGAAAAACUGGCCUAUAUGCCUUACACCUAUUUCAUAGGCGAUCACAAGCAAAUGUUCCCCCAUCUCAAAGAGCGCCUUAUCGUUGCCGAUAAACAGUUGUCAGUUGUGGCCGACAACGUGGCGGUGAUAAAUGCCACAGAUCUUUCGCCAUUGGUGGAAAAUACUGGCGUCAAGGAAAUCCGCGAAGUGAUCAACUCGGGAAAACCAAUGGAAAUUACACACAAAGUGGCCGAAUUACCGAAUACAACACAAAUUGUUUCCAUGAUUGCAUCGGGCCAAAUACAGACCUCAUUGAAUGGAGUAGUGUUGCAAAAUGGUUUGGCCACCACACAAACUAACAACAAAGCAGCAACCGGCGAAGAAGUACCCCAAAGCAUAGUGAUUACAACGAGAAGGCAAUACAAUUUACCCGACGAAGCCAUUGUCUAUUGCAACUUCAAUCAGCUGUAUAAAAUCGAUCCAUUGACAUUACAAACCUGGAUGAACAUUUUGAAGGCAGUGCCGAAUUCGGUUUUGUGGUUGUUGCGGUUCCCAGCGGUGGGAGAACAAAAUAUAAAGAAAACAGUCGAGGAUAUGGGAGUUUCACCGGAACGAGUCAUUUUCUCUAAUGUAGCCUGCAAGGAAGAACAUGUGCGACGUGGUCAGUUGGCUGAUGUGUGCCUUGACACACCUCUGUGUAAUGGACACACAACAUCUAUGGAUGUUCUGUGGACUGGUACGCCAGUGGUAACAUUGCCGGGUGAAACGUUGGCUUCAAGAGUGGCUGCAUCACAGUUGGCCACCUUGGGAUGCCCUGAAUUAAUUGCCAGUACCCGCCAAGAAUAUCAAGAAAUUUCCAUACGCCUGGGCACAGAUCGUGAAUAUUUAAAGAAAAUACGCGCCAAGGUGUGGACGGCGCGUGAUGAAAGUCCGCUUUUCGAUUGCAAACAAUAUGCCCAAGGUCUAGAAAUGUUGUUUAUGCAAAUGUGGAAACGUUUCUUGAGGAGCGAUGUGCCCGAUCACAUUUCUGCCAUUGAGAGUAAAUAAAUAAAUUAGCAAAAAAUACUGAGGCAGCAAUAUGGACCAUCAUCAGCAGCAGCACCACCACCACCAUCAUCAUCAUCAUCAUUAGUAUACAAAAUAUUGUUGAUAUCACCAUUACCAUCUCUUAUCUCAUCAUAAGAUCAUCUAACCAUAAUUUUUCUUCUGCCCACACAUCACCCUCAAUCAGGUCCAUGGUCCCAUAGAGUAGUAGCCCCCACCUUUUACAUAUAUAUAUAUAUACACACACACACACACACACACACAAAGCCACAGACAAAAAGAAUAGCAACAAACAAAAACACCAUACCCUUCUUCUACAUUAAUUUAUUGAAUAUUCUAGUGGGGGAGACGACAGAUGGCGUUAUAAUUGCUCUUUAUUGUUUUUAUUUUCCUACCUACCUACAGAUGUAGAUUUUGAAAAUAUUAUGAUAAUUCAUUAUAUAUUACUACUAAUACCUAAUGAAUAUGAUUAGAGAGAUUGCAUAUACAGAUAUAUAUUUAAUACGAAAAAGAAAUUAGCUGAAGGAACUCUUGAGGAAAACGAAGAAAAGAUGAAUGGAAAUAUAUAAAUAAUUUAUUGAACAUAGCAUUAAAACAAUUUAAAAUAAUGAACUCUGUAAGAAACUCUUUGGAACCUCCCCCUCCCCCCCAUUAACAACCCCCUCCCCCUACAAAAAAGGAA